AUGUUUCAAGAACUUUUAUUAAUUCGAUUAAUAUCACCAUCUCGAAUUGAAAUUAUUCUAAAUAACGACAAAACUCGAAGUGAAUUACACAAAUUUUCUAUUACUAAUGGUACUAUAACGUUUGUGAUUAAUUAUCUCACUUAUAUAUUAAAUAUGUGUACCGACAAUGAUUUAUUGAAUUCAAUAUUUGUUGGUUUGUGUUUAAUGAUAAAAACAGAAAACAUUUUUAAUUUUAACACAAUUCAACCAAUAUUUACAGCAAUUUUGCCAAUAUUAAUAGAAUAUCUAUUGAAGAAUACUAUCAAUCAUGAAUAUGAGAAAAAUAAUUUAUAUACAAUAUGUUGGCUAAUUGGUAGAAUGAGUAAUCUGAUGAUCAUUGGUUCUGAACAGAAUUUAUCGGAAUUGAAACAUAUUGAUAAAUUAAAAUCGCUUCUAUUUUCUGGUGGAUGUGAACAAAUAAUAAUUGAAAAAAAUAAAUAUCUAUUUGAUUUAUACAACUCAAAUCUUGCUAUUUAUAGUCAAUUUAAAUUUGAUAAUCAAAUGCAACAAUCAUCAUCGUCGUUAGAUGGUGAAUUUUUAAUGUCAGUUUACAAUAAUAUUGGUGAAGGUGCACGAUUAAUAUCAAAAAUGAAAGAACAUGUUGAAGAUAGACAACAUUUAUUGAAAUCAAUCGAACAACAAGCAAAUGAUGCAUGUGCUGCUCUAUUUGCUGUUUAUAUUAAACACUAUCGUCGAAUUGAUCUCGCUAAAAGGGAAUUAUUACGAAUGAAUGAUCAAAAACCACACAAUAAACUGAUGUCAAUUUAUGAAUGUGCAAAUGAUGUUAAAAUUUUAUUUGCUACAACAAAAGCACAAGGUGGUGAUUUAGAUGAACUUUAUAAACAAAUUAAAAUGAAUACAUUAUUUCUACUUUUACAUGUCAAAGAAACAAAUUUAAUACCAAUCAUUGAAGAAGAUGAAGAUUUGUCAUCAUUAGCAAUAUUAAUAAAUACACAAUCAACAAAACGAGUAUCAUUUCAGCGACAAAUUUCACGAUGGACAAAAGCUAAAUAUGUUCUUCGAUUACUUCCUAAAAAACAAACUAAAGAAAGACAUACUAUUGAAAGUAAUUUAAAUCGAUUAAUCGAUGCUUUUGUCUAUGGUGAUUUUUACAAAAAUACAACAUCGAUAAUUAGUCAAGAAAAGAAAUUAGAAUUGGAUGAACUUUCUCAAUGUAUGUCUCAAUAUUAUGAACGAGCAAUGACGCGAUUAAUUACAUAUCGAUUUAUUCAUAAAUUUAUUCAAAAUUUACUAAAAAUCAAUGAUCAAAAUCGUAUUGUGACAAUUUUUUAUCUUUAUUUACCUCAUUUAAGAAAUUCAGAUUUGGAAUGGUCCUAUUUAGAAAAUAUCGAAGCAACAAACAAUCAACUUAAAGAACAAAUUAGUAAUACAUAUUAUUCAAUUAUCAAAACUGUUUUCUCUUUUAUUUUACACUUAAUAACAUUAAAACCAAAAUUAUUAGUACAAAAUAUGUUCAAUUUACUUAAUCUAUCUUAUAAAUCUAUUGAUAUUAUCUAUCUAAAUCAAGAUCAAUUUAUUGAAAUAUUAUUUAUAUCAUUUGUUAGUUUUGCUAAAGAAUCGAAUCAUAUCAUUUCAUUAGAUACAAAAUUAACUGCAUACAAUUGGUUUCGUUUCUAUGUAUUCAAAUUAUGUGAAAAUAUUGAACUAGAUAAAAUUAAAAGUACAUCUAAUAAAAUAGUAGAAAAACAACAACAAUUUAUUUUUAAUACACUUAUCUUAAACGAAUUGAAAACGUUAAAACAAUUAUUAUCAAUUGAUGUAGAAAACGAAAUUGAUAAUUCGAUAGAAAAUAAUAAGUAUUCGAUAGAUAAUGCUGCAAUCGAUUGGUUUGUUAAAGCAGCAAUUGAAAAUGAUACAUUAAUUUAUUUCAAUAAAUUAUCAUCAAAAAUCGAUAUUGAACUUUGUACAAAUCAAUUAUUGGUACUUUUGGUUCGAUGUGUUUAUUUAUAUGAUAAUGUUCGAUCGAUUUGUGCAAAUAUUGAUUAUGUUGAAGAAUUAUUGUAUAUUUAUCGUAAUAGUAAAAAUCGUGCUACAAUUUUACUUUCAUUAAAAAUUUUACGCAAUAUAAUUCCAUUAUUACCAGAAAGUGAAACAACAAUUAUUACUAUGAAAAGUUCAUUAGAUGAAUUUUUAUUCUCAAUUGGUAAUAAUUUUACUAAACAAAAUAGGACAUUAGAGACAAUUAGUGAAUUAAUAAAUGUCUUUCGUACAAUAAUGUCUUUAAAAUCACCAUGGCAAAUGAUGGCAACACAACUUGUUUUCAAUAGUAUUGUAUCGUGUGUAAACGAAAUCAAUAUGAAAUCGUUGAAAAUCAUUGAUACAAUUGAAAUGAACCAUGUUUUUGCAUCACUAUCGAUUUUAGGUGGAUAUUUGUCACCAUACUGUUUAGGUUCUGUUGUUAACGUUUAUCCCAAUGAAGAAAGUAAUGAAUUUGAUUUAGCAUUAAUUAUUGCUAUUAAUACCAAUGAUCAGAAUUCGGAUUCGUCUGAAGUUUUGCCGUAUUUUAUUCAAUAUUUACAAACCAAUAAAACUGAAUGGAUUGCAGCUGAAAAAUUACGAAUUCAAAUAGAUUUUUUCCCAUCGAAUCUAUUUAUAUCUACAAAUAUCAAUGAUUCAAAUGCUAUGAUACACUCACUAUUUGAUGCAUUAGGCUAUAUAAUACAAGUCGAUACAUCAACAACAGAAUCUUUAAUAUUACUAGAAUUAAAACGUCGUUCCAUGUCAACCUCAGAUUAUUUAUUAAAUGAUAAAAAUUUAGUCGAAAUUUUCAUGGAAAAACCGUACGCAUUAGUAAUCGCUAAAUUAUCAAUGCAUGAUUCUUUAUUUAAAAAUCAUUCAUUGCCUGUUGAUUUACGUUUAUUCAAUCAAAAACAUUUAGAACAAUAUUGUUUAAGUUUAGAUACUUGUGUACGGUCCAACGAAAUUAUAGAAACAAAAAAUAGUAGUAGUAAUGAUGAAACUACUCAAGAUACAAUAAUCAUGCAAAAUCCAGAUGACACUCCAUUUACUAUUUGGAAUCAUGAUGAAUUUAAUCAAAAUCUAUUGAUUGUGAAUGCUUUAUCAAUAAGCGCAUUGAAAUAUAAUGGAUGGAAGCCUUAUACAUCGAAAUCAGAAAUUGAACCAUUUGAAAAUGGUCGAAUUGGAGAUAAAGAAAUAUCAAUUGUUUCAUUGCCGCGUGACUUAAUUCAUCCUAGUUUAAUCGAAGAAUGCGGUGAAAAACAUCGAUUCAAAGGAGGAAUUAAUCUAACUACUGGUCGUAUAGGGGGCAUAUUUCCAACGUUCAUCGUUGAUGAUCUACAACUGACGGAAGGUAAAUGGUAUUAUUGCGUUCGUUUGCCAAUCGGUGGCAUUGUUCAAAUUGGUUGGGCAACAACAGGAUUCUCGACCGCUUGUUUUCAUAGCAUUGGUGUAGGUGAUGAUAAAUAUUCAUGGUCAUACGAUGGAUCACGUGGUUUUCUCUACAACGAUGAUAGCUUUCAAUUUCCAUCGGAAGAAAUUCGUUGGAAAGAAGGUGACAUUUGUGGAUGUGGAAUUGAAAUUGAUGGUGAAAAUACACGAAUUAAAUAUUGGUUAAAUGGAACAUUUUUAGGUACACUUUUUGAACAUCAAGCAAAUAUUGGAACAUCAACAACAAAAUGUAACAUGUUACCAUAUGAACAUUCAACAGUUUAUUUUCCUGCUGUUUCACUUCAAGUAUCUUGGUUAAGUCUAAGUCAUAUUGAACUUGUAAUUAGUCCAGAAGAUAUGGCACAAUGUCCAUUACCAAAUGGAUAUAAACCAUUAUUAGUUCCAAAAUUAAUCGAUAUUGAAAAUUCGAUUGUUCCUUAUCCGUACAGAGCCUAUUCAGUUUGCUAUGAUGAUAUAAAAAAUUAUGUUCAUAAAAGAUGUAGCACAAAUUCAAUGAAUGUUCUAUGUGAUUUGAUCAAUGAACAUCAUCUUGAUACUUCAUGCACUUUAGAUGAUGGCCAAUUACUUUUGACAGAAGAUAGUAGUGGAUUUCCUUUAUCAAUAGAUAAUCAACAAACAUCAUCCUGA